CGAUAAAGGAGUCAUAAGAUUAACGUCAAAUAACUAUAUUAAUUCUUAGCAAGCAGUUACGAGUUUUUACCUUGAUGUGCUAUUUUUAUAUAACAACCGAACCUGAUAACAAGAAUGUAUUGACUGAAUGACGCCGACGCGCCGGCGAUAAUGUCGCCACUGUGGUAACGAGGAUUUAUAAAUCGAGUGCAUACAUGCAAUACGAUCAACAACGAAUCACAUGUGACGAACUACUUGUGUAAGAUCGCACCUUUCAAUUGAUAACGUCAAUCGCCGGUUAAAGUGUUGAACAAGCUGAUAAACGCGCUUGUAACUCAUCGGAUUGACAUCUCGUGGAGGAAUACAUUCAACGGGAAAAUGUUUGUCGGGACAAAGUUGUUACAAAGAUGUCUAGCGCAUAAUACGCCUUUGGGUUGCAGAUCGAUGCAUCUUCUGAGAGAUAAUGCAUAUAUUAACGGAAAGUGGAUCGGUGCUAAUAGCAAACAGACAUUUCCAGUAUGCAACCCAGUCGACAAUAGCGUUAUUGCUUCUGUUCCCGACAUGAAUACUGCUGACGCUCAAUUAGCCAUUGAUGCUGCUGGCAAAGCUUUCGAAUCAUUCGGCAAGACUACGGCUAAGGAAAGAAGCGACCUGCUCAGAAAGUGGUAUAAUCUGAUGGUUGAGCACUGUGAAGACCUGGCCUGUAUUUUAACUAAAGAGAAUGGAAAAUCCUUGGCUGAGUCUAGAGCGGAGAUCAAGUAUGGUAAUUCCUUCGUGGAGUGGUUCGCGGAGGAAGCUAGGAGAAUAGACGGCGAAGUCUUACAAGCUCCUGCAGCCAAUAGAGAAUUGUUUCUGUUGAGACAACCGGUCGGAGUAGCGGCGUUAAUUACACCGUGGAACUUUCCACACGCUAUGAUCACUAGGAAAGCGGGAGCCGCUCUUGCCGCUGGAUGUACAUGCGUCGUGAAACCAUCCGAAGACACACCGUUGACUGCGCUGGCACUGGCAGCACUUGCGGAACAAGCGGGUUUCCCCGCGGGAAUCUUCAAUGUACUCACCACGAGCGUCACGAAUUCCGCCACCGUCGGUAAUGAGCUAUGCGAGAAUCCCAAAGUAAGAGUGCUGUCGUUCACCGGCUCCACGGCCGUGGGGAAGAUUUUGUACAGGCAAUGCGCAUCGACCAUGAAACGACUAGGCCUUGAAUUGGGCGGUAACGCGCCUUACAUCGUAUUUAAAUCCGCGGACGUGGAUCUGGCUGUAAACAGCGCUAUGGCCAGUAAAUUCCGAAAUACCGGUCAAACGUGCGUCUCGGCGAACAGAUUUUUCGUAGAGGCUGACGUCUUCGACGAGUUCGUUGGGAAAUUUGUCGAGAAGAUUAAGAAGGAGAUUCAAAUGGGAGACGGUAGCAAAGAGGGUGUCACUCAUGGGCCGCUCAUCAAGAAGAGUCAGUUGGACAUGGUGAACGGUUUGGUGAAGGAGGCAGUCGAGAAGGGUGCUAAGGUAUAUUGCGGCGGCGCCCCGUUACCGGAUCUUGGAUCACUGUUUUAUGCGCCUACCGUGUUAACCGAUGUAACCAGAGACGCGCAGAUCUACAACAAGGAGAUCUUCGGGCCCGUAGCUGUAAUUAAUAAAUUUACUGACGAAGAGGACGUACUGAAACAAGCUAACGACACGCCGGUCGGUCUAGCCGGAUACUUCUUCUCGCAGGACAUAUCACAGAUAUUUAGAGUAGCCCGUAAAUUGGAGGUUGGUAUGGUAGGUGUUAACGAAGGUUUAAUUUCGUGCGCGGAAGCCGCUUUCGGCGGUGUUAAGGAGUCCGGUUUAGGAAGAGAGGGUUCCAAACACGGCAUCGAAGAUUUUCUCGAUAUCAAGUACGUGUGUAUCGGCAAUCUCAAACGCUGACUGACCGUGUAAAUUGGAUAGAAAAAUGCAUUUUGAAUAGGCAGUCAGUAUGUAAUAAUAAAUGCUAUAAUUCAAUGAUAGACAAUAUUACUAUAGAAUUUCAUUGUGACGUAUUAAGUGACACGUGAAAAAAUUGAAGUCGUCUUAAGUAUCGGAAGAACAUUCUUUUGACUAUGAUUGUACAUAACUAGUUAUCUGCACUCUUAUUGCUCCUUUGCUACAGCUACUAAAUAUAAUCCUAGGUAAUAUAUAUAUAUAAUAUGAAUAAUAAAUUAUAUAUAUU